UUGGAAAACUGAAAUCAUUUUCACUGUAAAACUUGGUAGAGUCACUUUGCUUUAGUGAAGAGAAACAUUUUCCUUUUCGCUAUUUUCUUUCGCUUUUCGACCUUUUAGUCCAUUCUGAUUAUUUAACUCAGUUAAUCACAACAAUAAACCAUCGGAUUUUCCAAUUAUAUAACCUGGACAGCAUGUUUAAAUCUGCAAUCAAUUUGGAUUUCUUUUUUCUCUAAAGUUUUUGGAUUAAUUGGAUUUGAUUAAAGUAGCUCAACAUGUUAUUAACCAGAAAAGAUUAACAAGGAAAUUUAGUGUUACGUUUUCACGCUUCUUUAAUCUGGUUUAUUUAUAUGUGGGACGAUGAGAAGCACAUUUUGGCGGCAGUUACAUCACAAUUAAGACCAACUUGGAUGGAAGCCAUUAAAACAUCAUCUUCUUCUUCCUCAUCUUCUGCUUCAUCUUCAUCAUCUUCAUCAUCCUCACUAAUAUCUUCAUCUCAACGGAACAAUAUUAAUUCCUUAUCAAGUCGAAUCAAUCGAAGCUCACCGUCAAUCAAUUUAACUGUUAAUUCAGAUGAUGAUGAUUAUGCUAUUCUUCCACCGUCACCACCAAUAAAUCGGACUCCAUAUUCAAGGCUCAAAGGAAAAGCUCGUUCAAGAUCAAGCUCAAGAGCUCGUAUUACCUUGGAUACAACAUCAGAUGGACCAACAUCAAUGAUUCAAGAACGGCAACCAGCAAAUCAUCAUUACAAUUAUCACUCUGGUCGAGAUUUUUCAAGCUUUGAUUGUUACCAAAUUGACAAUAGUCGUAAAAUGGUUAAUCGAAAUGGCUCAGAUGCCAGUAAUGGACGAGAGAGUAACGUUAUUCGGAAAAAUCGUGAAAACAUUUAUGAAAUUUUAACAUCGAAAAAGUUCAUGGACACUCAAAAGACAAUUGGUUCAUGUAAUAUUGGACAAAAAGAAGAAAACAAUUACCUUAAACAACAACAACAACAACAUCACCAGAAAAAGUCCCAAUUAAAUAGGCAUGAUCUUGAUGAUAUUAUCAUUGAUCCAGAUAAUUUAACAAAUGACGCUUUACUUGAAAGAGAAUGGAAUAAAUUAGUUAAUGGAACUUGUGGAUCAAUAGUUCGACCUAUUACACCCAAUGGCAAAAAAUUAAACCAACCAUCAACAAUAAGAUUACCAUCAUCAUCAUCAUCAUCAUUAUCAACUGCAAUAACGACAACAACGACAACAGCAAUUCCAACAGUCAAAGUUAAGGCAUCCAAUGAAGUCAACCAUUUGGCUUGUGAUGAUUAUUUUGAUAAAACGAAACGAGAAAAGGAAAUUGAAACAAACAAAGCCAAAAUAAUCAACAUUAUUAAUAACAUGAACAAUCAUAUUAACCAUAACAACAACAAUUAUCACAAUAAUAACAAUAUUAAUGGUGAUGAUAAGUCAAGUAUUCCUGGAACACGGUUUAAAGAGAUUUUAAAAUUGUAUGAAAAUCUUGGUAAAUCAAUGUUGGACUCUGAGGAUAAACCAAUUAACCGGAAAGACCAAGAGCUUAAGGUUAACGGCGGAAUUAAUAAUUGUGCCGAUGAUGUUAAUAAUCACUUAAAGUCAACUAUAUUACAAUUGGAUUCUGUGUGCCAAAAUCGUCUAAAGGGAAUCGAAGAGUGUCAACGUAAAAUUGAAGAGCUUCGGAAAGAGUUGAGGACAAAAGAAGAUUUGAACAAGAGCUUACAAGCCGAAACUGAUUCAUUGGCUGGUCAAUUGGAGGAAGCACGAGAAGGCUGGAAGAGCGAAAAAGAGAAGCGAAUCAAAGAGGAAGAACAGUUCAAAAGGAUUACUAGUAAAUUGUAUGCUCGAUUGGAUGAAUUAAACAGGGAAUUGCAAGAAUCUCACAUAAAUUAUGAUUACCUUGAAAUGGCGUACAACCGUUUAAAGGUUGACGUUCAAGGGUUACAAGAGACUCAUUCAGCUGAGAUUAAUUUAAUGAAGGACCGUCUCAAUGAUUUAACAAAUAAAUUAGUUAUUUCUGAAAAGUCACUUAAGAAUGCCAAAAGCCAUAUCGGUAAAUUGGAAGCUCGCCGUGAUUCCAGGCGUCGAGGUUCAUCUUUACGAAGUUCAAGAGGCUCAAGUGAAGGUGUCAAUGGGUUAAAAGACGACACCAACAAUUGUAUUCCCAAAGAUUUUCAGCACAAAUUACAGGAAUUGGAGGUUAAAAUUGCUCGAAUUCAAGGAAUCUUGUUGGCAAAUGAACAUCAGUCUCCUGAUGAAGGGUUACCUGAUAUUGAAACACACAGUUUUCCUGGUUCUCUUAAUGAUCACAAAAAAAUUCUUGAGCUUUCAAACCCAAUCAAUCACAAAUUACCAACCAUUUUAACAGCAACCUCAUCACCAACAUCUUUGCCCAUGAAAGUAGAAAAGGCUUCCUUAUCAUCUACACCAUCAUCUCAAAUCAAUUCAAGUCAAACAAUUCAAUCGAAUGAAAAUAAUCUUAUUACAACUCGUUAACUAUUCACCAAUAAAUUGGUACCAAUUAAUAGGUGUGAAAAAAGCAAAUUAUUUUAAAUCUGUUUUCAUUGUUUGACUUUUUAAACUUACCUCUAAAAUUGUUUGUUUCAUCUAAUCAAUUCUUUUUGUACAAUCUUUUUUUCUUUUCUCUUUUUUAAAUAGUCUUUUUAUAUUUGUAAAUUGUAUCGACAAGUCGUAUAUAAAAGGAUAAAUCAAAGCAAUAAUAGACAAUUAAUUAUAU